AUGCCCGGCAAGCACCAGCACUUCCAGGAACCCGAGGUCGGCUGCUGCGGGAAAUACUUCCUGUUUGGCUUCAACAUCGUCUUCUGGGUGCUGGGGGCCCUGUUCCUGGCCAUCGGUCUCUGGGCCUGGAGUGAGAAGGGCGUUCUCUCCAACAUCUCGGCACUGACAGAUCUGGGAGGCCUUGACCCCGUGUGGCUGUUUGUGGUAGUUGGAGGCAUCAUGUCCGUGCUGGGCUUUGCCGGCUGCAUUGGGGCCCUCCGGGAGAACACCUUCCUGCUCAAGUUUUUCUCUGUGUUCCUUGGCCUCAUCUUCUUCCUGGAGCUGGCAACAGGGAUCCUGGCCUUCGUCUUCAAGGACUGGAUUCGAGACCAGCUCAACCUCUUCAUCAACAACAAUGUCAAGGCCUAUCGGGACGACAUUGACCUCCAGAACCUCAUUGACUUUGCUCAGGAAUAUUGGUCUUGCUGUGGAGCCCGAGGGCCCAACGACUGGAACCUCAAUAUCUACUUCAACUGCACUGACUUGAACCCCAGCCGGGAGCGCUGCGGAGUGCCCUUCUCCUGCUGCGUCCGGGACCCAGCGGAAGAUGUCCUCAACACUCAGUGUGGCUACGACGUCCGGCUCAAACUGGAGCUGGAGCAGCAGGGCUUCAUUCACACCAAAGGCUGCGUGGGCCAGUUUGAAAAGUGGCUACAGGACAACCUGAUUGUUGUGGCAGGGGUCUUCGUGGGCAUCGCCCUUCUCCAGAUCUUUGGCAUCUGCCUGGCCCAGAACCUCGUCAGCGACAUCAAAGCAGUGAAGGCCAACUGGAUCAAAUAUGAUGACGGCUACAAACUACUCAAAUAA